AAACUCAACAUAUGAUCAUAUGUGCAACGCCUCGCCCGAUUCGGCGAAUGCAUCAUCUAUCGGCAAACCCAAGGCGCACGGGCACGGAAGUAUCAUGUUUCGUACCACCACCAUCCUGCACAAGUCCUGCUGCUUGCGGUCAUCCAUUCAUCCUCCGAGUCGCUCUUUUGUUCACUCUUUACCACGUAACUUUCCGAGGAUAUGGCGAAUUACAUCGGAGAAGUCAUUCCAAAACACACCGUUGCCGACUUUUCGUGACCAGGUUGUCCGCUCAACUGAAGUAGAGUCUUUCAGCUCUCGGUUUCCCCGGCCAACAGUACGGAAUCAAGUUCUGUUUUUCAUUGGUGGAUCUUUACUCGCGUGUUCGAUAGCGGCCAGUCAAACCGAGAUCGACACGGAAUACUGGUCAAAACGACUCGUGUCUGUCUCUCACAGAUGGACUCUCCGACCCCCAAGUACAGAAGAGAUGAGAAAGGCUCAGUACCUAGAGCUUGGCAAGUACCUGCAAACGCAAGUGAACCAACUCAAGGAUACGCUGGCGGAGUGGCCUCUUGCAUUGCGCAACCUCGUUCUGUCUGUUUACGUUCAAGCCGCGCAGUCAUAUCUUGAUGCCCCCGAGGGCAGAAGAUUAUGCUGGUUGAUCUGCGGCGUGAACACGGCUAUAUAUCUUGUGUGGAAAAUUCCACGACUUGCGCCGUUCAUGACCCGAUCUUUCACUCACCACCCGUUGUCGGGACGCUCGUACACUCUGCUAACGAGCAUGUUUAGUCAUAAAUCCUUCAUCCACUUGUUGGCAAACUCAAUGGCCCUAGCUAGCUUCGGCUCGGCCGCAACGCAUUAUUUUACCCUGGAGCAACUAAAACAUGGUGAACAACAGCAGGAAGCCACUGCCAAGUGGCAUUUCCUUGCCUUCUUUAUCUCUGCUGGCCUGUUCUCUGGUUUGGUUAGCCACGUUGCUGCUUGCAAAGUUCUCUUCCCUCGCCUCGUCACUCAGUACACCGCUUCUGCAGUCAUAAAGAACUCCCCAGCAGCUGCCGCAAUAUCUAGCACAGCUGCAAAGGCCACAACUUCCACCGUUCCGCGGGAGAUUUUACCAUCGUUAGGCGCAUCCGGCGCCAUUUACGCAGCUGUGACAGUUAGCGCGUUGGCCUUUCCGGACGCCCAAGUCAGCCUGAUUUUCCCUCCUUUCAUUUCGAUACCGAUCCAGGCGGGAGUUGGUGGUAUGGUCAUGCUCGACAUGAUCGGCAUCGUACGCGGCUGGAGGAUGUUUGAUCACUAUGCUCAUCUUGGUGGUGCAGCGUUUGGUGUGAUGUAUUACAUGUAUGGACCGCAGUGGUGGGCCUUCAUGAGGAGCGAGUAUCAACAACUACACUCUGUCACAUCUUAGACGUUGUCUAGGUACCAUGUUAUCAUUCUUAUAAACCACGCUCAGCCAUUAUUGAGGUUCGACGGCCCAAACGAUUCAUUG